CUCAGGAAUAUUUUCAUUCCCCAGCUUAUUACAAUUUCCUAUCACAUUUUGUCUCUCUGCACAACCACUAAGGAAACAAUGGCAUGCAAUGGCAACGGUGCUGCAAAUGCAAUGAACUUGUGCAAUAGUGACCCGUUGAACUGGGGCAUGGCGGCGGAGUCACUCAAGGGCAGUCACCUAGAGGAGGUGAAGCGCAUGCUGAAAGAGUACCGGAAGCCAGUCGUCUUGCUCGGCGGCGAGACGCUGACCAUAUCCCAGGUGGCAGCGAUUGCAACCCACGGUGCCGGCGUCAAAGUCGAGCUCUCGGAGGCGGCUCGAGCAGGGGUGAAGGCGAGCAGUGAGUGGAUGAUGGACAACAUGAACAAGAGCACCAAGCAGGGCGGAUCCCUUCAGAAGGAACUUAUUAGAUUCUUGAAUGCUGGAAUAUUUGGUAAUGGCACUGAAUCUUGCCACACAUUACCUCACUCGGCAACCAGGGCGGCUAUGCUGGUGAGGAUCAACACCCUCCUCCAAGGCUACUCUGGCAUUAGAUUUGAAAUCAUGGAAGCCAUCACCAAGUUACUCAACCACAAUAUUACCCCACGCUUGCCUCUACGGGGUACAUUAACUGCAUCAGGCGACAUGCUUCCUCUAUCCUAUUUAGCCGGACUUUUGAUAGGUAGGUCCAAUUCCAAGGCCAUAGGUCCCAGUGGAGAGUCCCUCGACGCCACCAAGGCCUUCAAGCUAGCUGGGAUCAAUGGUGGGUUUUUUGAGUUUCUACCCAAUGAGGGUCUAGCACUCAUGAAUGGAACUGCAGUCGGGUCUGGCCUAGCUUCCAUGGUACUUUUUGAGGCCAACAUACAAGCAGUUUUGUCCGAAAUCUUAUCGGCAAUCUUUGCCGAAGUCAUGCAAGGAAAGCCAGAAUUUACAGACCAUUUGACACAUAAAUUGAAGCACCACGCCGGCCAAAUAGAGGCUGCAGCAAUAAUGGAACACAUUUUGGAUGGAAGUGCUUAUGUUAAAGCGGCUCAAAAGUUGCACGAGAUUGAUCCCCUUCAGAAGCCUAAACAAGACCGCUACGCCCUUCGCACCUCUCCCCAAUGGCUAGGUCCACAGAUUGAAGUGAUCAGGACAGCAACCAAAAUGAUUGAGCGGGAGAUAAACUCAGUGAGUAAUAACCCAUUGAUUGAUGUGUCGAGGAAUAAGGCUUUAUAUGGUGGGAAUUUCCAAGGGACCCCAAUUGGUGUUUCUAUGGAUAACACCCGCCUAGCCAUUGCUUCAAUUGGAAAAUUGAUGUUUGCUCAAUUUUCCGAGCUUGUAAAUGACUUUUACAACAAUGGGUUGCCUUCAAAUCUCUCAGCAAGCCGCAAUCCAAGCUUGGAUUAUGGGUUCAAAGGUGCGGAAAUUGCCAUGGCAUCUUAUUGCUCUGAACUCCAAUUCCUAGCCAAUCCUGUCACCAACCACGUCCAAAGUGCUGAGCAACAUAAUCAAGAUGUGAACUCCUUGGGGCUGAUUUCGUCAAGAAAGACAGCCGAGGCUGUUGACAUUUUGAAGCUCAUGUCAUCCACUUUCUUAGUUGCAUUAUGUCAAGCAAUUGAUCUGCGGCAUUUGGAGGACAACUUUAAGAACACCGUCAAGAAUACAGUCAGUAAGGUGGCCAAGAGAGUCUUGAGCAUAGGCUCUAAUGGUGACCUUCACCCAUCUAGAUUUUGUGAAAAGGACUUGCUCAAAGCUGUGGACCGAGAGCACGUUUUUGCUUACAUUGAUGAUCCCUGCAACGCAACUUAUCCAUUAAUGCAGAAGCUGAGGCAAGUUCUACUGGAGCACGCGUUGAACAACGGCGACAAAGAGAGGAACUUAAGCACAUCCAUUUUCCAAAAGAUUGGAUCCUUCGAGGAGGAGCUUAAGGCCCUUUUGCCAAAAGAAGUAGAGAGUGCAAGAACAGAGUUGGAGAAUGGAAAACCGGCAAUCCCGAACCUGAUCAAGAACUGCAGAUCCUACCCAUUAUACAAGUUUGUGAGAGAAGAACUGGGAACUGGUUUGCUGACCGGUGAGAAAGUUCGAUCACCGGGUGAAGAAUUCAACAAGGUUUUCUCGGCAAUGUGUGAAGGGAAGUUAAAUGAUCCUAUGAUGGAUUGUAUGAAAGAGUGGAAUGGUGCUCCUCUUCCUAUAAAUUAAGACGCUUCACUGUUUGAUGCAGCACCAACAAUAGUGUUGGCAUUUUAUUUAUGCUUUUUUUUUUUUUUUUUUUUUUUAGUUUUCAUUUUCAAUAAGGAUUGAGUUUUUCUUUUUCCAUUAAGGAUUGGUUUUCCUUUUCCUUAAUGAAUUAGGAGUGUAUCUUAGUUUAUAUACGGGAUACACACUCAAUGAUGUUCUCUCGUGUAGUCGUGUGGUUUGACUCCAAUCUUGUUUCUUAUUAUCUGUGUUUCUGUUUCUUCCUUAAUUUUUCAUCUUUUCUUGUGCGUUGAUUUUGUCAUUUUAAAUAGCAAGUUUCGGAGGAUCGAGUA